CACUGGACGGUGCUGUGGUUGUCAGAACAACGAUCAGCUGUUCGCCCCGAACUCGGACUUGUUUUUGACAGAUAUCGUCCGGGUGCGAAGCAAUCUCCCUUUCCGUAGACGUGCAGCUGAAUCAGUAACCAUCCAGCCAUCUACCCAACAUGCCCAGCUCAAAUUCUAACCUGCGGGAGUUUGCUGCUUGAAUCGCCUUUUAUCCUCUCAGCGCUCGCACGAUGUCUCACCCCGACAAUUUCUUCGAGAAACUGGAGUCGGGCAACAAGGAAGUGGUGGAGAACAUCAAGCACAGCAUUCGGGAACAGUUCUCCAAAGUUCACGAGUCCUGGCUGAUCAACGGGCUCUACGAUUAUUACUUGUCCAGCAACUCUGUGCGCUGCAUGGAGGUGAUUAUCACUCUACGCGAACCCCAUCAGCAGUUCCUCUUCGACAGACUAUGCGAGUCCAUCAAAAGCCGCAAAACCGACCUAAAGGUGCGCAUUCAGGCCCUCACCCUGCUGGGGCAUAUUGCCAGAAGCCAACCCACCUGGCUGAUAACACUUCCUGAGCAUGUCCUGUUUAGGGAGUUGCUGAAUUUUCUUAAGAACGAAACUGAGCUGUUGCCGCUGAUCAGUGCCCUGCUGAUCCUGAUCGUUCUCCUGCCCAUGUUCCCUUCGAGCAUUGGCGAGCACUACUUAGAGGAGAUUUUUGAUAUUUUCCGGCGCCUGGCGGCUUGGAACUCCAACGUGCCCGGAAAACUGGGCGAAGACCAAAUGAUCCACCUCCAAGUGGCGCUGUACGCUCUGUUCCUGCGCCUCUACGGCAUGUACCCCUGCAACUUCCUCUGCUACCUGAAGAGCCACUUUAAGGACCGCAACAACCCAGUUUUCUACCACACCAUUAAGCCCAUGAUGGACACUGUGAAGAUGCACCCAUCGCUGGUGACUACUUCGAAAGAAAGCGAAACUACGACGGAAAGGUGGAAGAAAAUGGGGGUGCACGACGUUAUAGUGGAGUGCGAACGGUUCAGUCUGGACAUCACGGAUCGCUGCCCGCACGACACUUGCCAGAACACCACAGAGUUCCGCUCUAGAUCGGGCACGAUGAAUUCAAUGGGUGGUUCUACAUCGAAUGAUGCGGCCUACCAUCAGCAGAACAUCCGCAGCCUGGCCUCUUUGCAAAUGUCUGGGAAUGAGGGGUCGUUUUUCUCGCCCAGCCAGAUGUUCCAAGUGGUGCAUCCUUUGCCGAUGGGCGACGCCCAUCGGCAACGACCGGCGCUGAUCAAUCGAGUCAACUACCCGCUCAGUCAAGAAGGCUCGCCGCCUGAAGCUGCCAUAGAGGCCACGCCCGAAACCACUCCCAUACGGGACUUCACUACCAAUCCCGGUCCGCAAAUUUUGACAAAAACAAACGUGGCACGCGCGCUGACUUCGUUUCGAAGCAAUUCGAGCGGAUUCGCCCUCAGUACCACGCCGACCAAUAGCGUGCCUUCGUCGCCGAUGCGGAAGGAGCCGUCGCUUUUCGUUUUUCCCGCGGCCAAUACGGGCUUUGCCUCAAUCAGCCAACAUUUGGCGCAUAAGCUGUCGCAAGAGCGCCACGCCACGCAGGGCGGCGAUGGGUUGGGCGGCGCCAAGCCGCCUCCUAGCAGUCCUUUGAAGAUUAUCAACUCGGACCAGUCGAAUCGGCAGCGAUUGGACUCGCCCAUCAGUCAGGAGGACGAGGAGGUGUGCACUAUUUCCAGCUCGGCCGGCAGGCUGAGCGUAACCAGGAAAAGGGCGGACUUUGAGGAGAGCGCGAAGGACGGGGAGGAAGUCGAGCAGGGCUCGCCCUGUGCGGUCGGGGGCCUGCACAUGCCCAACUCCAAGUCCAUUGAUAACUUCAAGAAGAGAAUUCGCCGCUAUCGCUACCACAGCCAGUGCAACACUGAGCCGGAUCGAGUGGAAACUUCCACGGGCAGCAGCCCGGGAAAUGGAAUCUCGUUUGCGACGACGAAUUUGACGGUGAGGCGCGCCAACUCCUGCCCUGACAUGAAAAAGAGCCCGCAUGUGCCCGCGAAGGGCAACAAGAGCCGCCCCUUCUACGAGACGGACGAGGAGACGUUGUCUGGUGACCAGGCGUCGACUCACUCCAACGGUCUGGACAUGAAGGCAAAGAAAAUGAAUUUCCCGGUUACCAGCUCGGCCACGCAGACCGAAGUGUUCUGGCCGAUGCCCUACGAGCAUCUCUUCCUCAACAUAUUCCCCUCCCUCAAGGAGGAGGCGCCGGAAAUGAGGCCCAGCUCCACCCCCAGUCCUGCGCCAGCCCUCCACCAGGGGAUGGAGCCCUACAAGCCUUCCCUCUACGACAUCUUGGACAAAUACAUUGAGAACUGUGUGGCCACAGUGGACAGUAACAACGCGCUGAAGGAUCAGCUGCAGCUGAUCUAUCAGCAGUUUCUCUUUGAGCGGCACCGUCGAGAGACGCAUGCCUACCGCAAUCGGAGGCUCCUUUCCGAUGCCAAGAACACCAGACUGCUGGAGGAGUACAAUUCGGCCUUGAGAGACCAAGUGCAGCUGAAACAGAAGGAAAUCGACGACCUGCGCAAACAGCUGGAGGACUACCGAAGAGAAAUGAUGGACGAGCAAACGACGCUGACCAGCACUAUGCAUUACAUGGAGGACAAGUGCAAGAACUUGACUGAUGAGAACAGCAUUCUCCGGGAGAGCAAUCGGAAGCUGGAAUCGGACAUCGUCAACUACAAGACGAAGUGUAAUCACGUGGAUAAGGAAAGACAGCAGGCCGAGGCUGUCCUAUUGGACGCCCUUGCCGAAGGCAAGGUGGCAAGAGAACAGGCGCUGGCGGGCGAAAAACUGAAACAGGAGCUGCAGCGCGUCAACGGCGAGCUGCUGCUGAUGGGCGAGCUGCACAUCAAGUACCGCGAGAAACUGGAUCAGUUGUCUUCCAAGAGGCAGACCGAGGAGGAGCUGCGCCAGCUCUCAGAAACCUAUCGAGAGGAAGUGAAAGUCCUGCAGCGAGUGAUCGAGACCAAAACCAUCACAAUUGAGGUGUUCAGGGCGCGAAUCAACGACCAGGAGCAUGCGGCCAGCGCCAAAGACGAAACAAUAGCAAACCAGAAACGCCUCCUGGCCGCAGUGAAUGAGGAGCGCGAGUCAAUGGUAGAGGCUGUGGAGAGCAAGUAUCAAACGCAACUGGCGAUCAAUCGCACACUAGAGGAGCGCCUUUUGGAGCUGCGCCAAAGACUGGAGCUGGAGGCGGCCCGCCGCCGCACUCAUUCGCCGGACACAUCCAGCUGUCACGAAGUGCAGGCCUCAUCCACCACCACCACAGCGGCUGGAGGGCUCAGCCCUCAGCACUCUUCGCCGCUAUCGGCUUCGCUGGCCUCUUCUGAGGGCAGCGCUGCCAUGCACGAGCUCAGAAACCUCCAGAUGUACGUGGACCAGGAGAGCGGCUCCAAAUCACAUCCAGCAGAUGAGCGGACGAAUGUUGGCAAAAACGACUGAUUUUUCACUAAUGCUAUUCGUUCUAUUAUUAAUGUGAAUUAAGUAUAUUAUUUAGUCUUCUAAAAGUAAAAUCAGCGAA